AUGGCGCUCUCUACCCCAACUAGCAACGGUUCCCGUCGCUUUAACCCUCUUCCGUCUCCUUCUAGGAAUGAGACUCCUAGGUCCGCAGGGCUCAUAAGACCGACACUACCUCAAAAGAGCGUGACCAGUGCUUCUAUUGAGGAUUCGUACGUAAGUUUUAUUCUCUACUGCAACCCGGCAGUACCUCUAGAAACGGAUACGGCAGCACUCAGAGAGGCCUUUCGAACUCCGCCAAAGAGUGAGGGCAAGAGCUUCAGCACAUUUACUUUAUUCGAACUUAUCAAGCAGCUACACUCUAAGGAACUCAAGACGUGGGCAGAGUUAGCAUUGAAGCUGGGCGUCGAGCCGCCGGAUCACGACAAGGGACAGAGUUCUCAGAAGAUACAGCAGUAUGCCGUCCGCCUAAAGCGAUGGAUGCAUUCCAUGCACAUCAAUGCCUUCUUCGACUAUUUGAUGGAUAACCCCCAUCCUUAUUGGACCCAGAUCCCGAGUGAUCCAAAUCCUGUAUGUGACGAGGGUAGGGAUGGAGUUGCCGCUGAAGAUGAUAUGGCAUUGCGUGCCUUAUUACCUCAUAUCCGACCGCGACGGGGUCGAAAGAGACCCGAGGACGACAGCUUUAGCAAAUCCCCGUCACAAAAGCCAAGGUUAGAGUCUCCAAAUUUCAACGGGGAGGCUAGAACCGCGCGUCCAGACUCUUUAGAUCCGUGGACCGCCCAUCCGGACGGAAGAAGUGCCUUUAUGUUUCCGUCUGUUGAUCCGCGAUCGAGUGUAUUGCCGGAAACAAAUUCUGCCUUCCCGUGGAGUAACGAUGUUUCCCGUGAACCCAUGUCAGCCUAUCCCCAAUCUGCAAUGACGCCGUCGACGAGAGGGACAUUCUGGGGAGACCCCGCGGAACCUCGUUCAGCAAUUAGUCCGUCUAAAGCCAGGUCUCUCGGUCGUCGCCACGGAGCGAAGGUAGUCUCUUCUGCUUGGAGGAGUGGCGGCGUAUCCACAAGUGGCAGGCCCCGUGGGAGACCUCCUAGCAGUCGGCCUAGCGACGGUCCAUUGUCAGCAAUCCCAGACGAGCAUAAUGAAUUCCAAACAGCGCCUUUUGAACAGAGUACGGCCCAAUUAAAUGCACAGCCCACCCAAAUGCACCCUCCGGAUUCAGUAUCAAAAUCCGCCGGACCUACUUCCGCACCAACCGUACCAACGACAGCGCCAACGACAACGCCAACGACUACUACUCCUACCACUCGGCCUUCUCGGCCUGGCCGCCUCUCUCUGCAAGUACCAGAAAGAGCCGGUGGACCUGUCAGGCUAGCAACUCCUCCACCUCCUGUUGUAAUGGUAAAUGGAAAGAGCACGGUUAAUGGGAGUGUGCCCAACGGCGCCGGGGUAUUAACAGCUAGUCCCAUAGAAGACACUUCGAUAUUUGACCGCACUGCGAGUGUAUUCACGGCCGGGCCAAUCGACGAUCCGACUGGCCCUGUCGUACAAUUUGAAUUCGACGAUAGCGAUCGGACGAACCGCGACGAGAUGGAAACCUUGCUUGUCGCGGACCUCCUCGAAAGCACGUGGUACGAUGAGAAAGGGCAGCCUAGCCCGCCAGCCGAUAUCAACGAGGCGCUCGCCCUAGCCCGGGCCAUCAUCGCGGGCCUUGCAAAGAGGAGCCGCACCUCGGAGACAUUCCUCAUUGCUACGGCAGCACUAGCAGGCGCCAGGCACCUCCCUAAAUCAAGCGGCGGUACAAAUUCAGUACACCGCCUCGAAGUCGAUGUGGACUAUACGCGAUAUAGCUACACGUGGGAUCUGCGCUGCGGGCUCGCGAAUGCCCGAUUCCGGUUCACAGAGAUAGUGCCUCAUGCGCGCUGGAAGAAGGGCUCGCAGCAUCGGGGUGAAGGCGCUGACGUCCCUGCCGAAGGGGAUGCUGCGGUGGAGUUCUGGCGCAGGAGGUAUGCUGACCUCGUGCAUAUGGUUGGGAGGGGGAGGAGGCGCGAGGAUGUGGUGUCUGUUGUGAAGGAAGGUAGGGAUGGGGGGGUAAUGAGUAAGUAA